UUGUACGCGUCUCACGUCGCCAAAGCUCCGCGUCACAGAGGAACUACUUUUUUAACGGAUUUAACAAACGUUUUCCGAGCCGUCGCGGAUCUUUUCGGGAAUAAAAGUUCUCGUGAAGUUGAGCUGGUGCGGACUCUCCGGUCCCGUUGUCUCUCCUGCCGUCGCUCUGGGUUCGUCUUCCCGUGGACGCGAUCCAAGCCUCAUGCUGCCGUGAGCUCAAACCUGUGAGUGAUGUGUGACAACGGCGUCCCCGAGGACAAGCCCCCCGCCCCCCCGGUGAGGAUGAGCAGCACCAUCUUCAGCACGAGCGGCAAAGACUCCCUCUCAGCCAACCACAGCUCCAAGCCGCUGCCCUCCGUGCCCGAGGAGAGGAAGCCCCGCAACAAGAUCAUCUCCAUCUUCUCCGGGGCGGAAAAAGGAGGGAGAAAGAAAGAUCGGGACAAAGAGCGACCGGAGAUCUCACCGCCUUCAGACUUUGAGCACACCAUACAUGUCGGCUUUGAUGCCGUCACGGGGGAGUUCACUGGCAUGCCGGAGCAGUGGGCCCGGCUGCUCCAGACCUCCAACAUCACCAAGUCGGAGCAGAAGAAGAACCCGCAGGCCGUCCUGGACGUGCUGAAGUUCUACGACUCCACCGGCAACGGCCGCCAGAAGUACCUCAGCUUCUCUUCUUCUGAAAAAGACGCCUUCUCUCCAGGACCUCAGUCUCCUGUGAAAAAAGGCAGCGAGGCGUCUUCUCCAAACAUCAAAGACAUCGACGACGAUGACGACGACGAGGAAGCUCCGCCUCCGAUCGUGGCGCCGAGACCGGAGCACACGAAGAGCGUGUACACGCGCUCCGUCAUCGAGCCCCUCCCCGCGCCCAGCGCCUGCCCGGACGUAGACUCCGCCUCCAAGGCCGCCGACCGGCAGAAGAAGAAGAGCAAGAUGACGGACGAGGAGAUCAUGGACAGACUGAGAACGAUCGUCAGCAUCGGAGAUCCUAAGAAGAAGUACACGAGAUACGAAAAGAUCGGUCAGGGGGCGUCGGGAACCGUCUUCACGGCCAUCGACGUGGCGACGGGACAGGAGGUGGCCAUUAAACAGAUCAACCUGCAGAAGCAGCCCAAGAAGGAGCUGAUCAUCAACGAGAUUCUGGUGAUGAAGGAGCUGAAGAACCCGAACAUCGUCAACUUCUUGGACAGUUUCCUGAUGGGGGAGGAGCUGUUCGUGGUCAUGGAGUACCUGGCUGGGGGGUCGCUGACUGACGUGGUGACAGAGACCUGCAUGGACGAGGCUCAGAUAGCAGCCGUCUGCAGAGAGUGUUUACAAGCUCUGGAGUUCCUGCACGCCAACCAGGUCAUCCACAGGGACAUCAAAAGUGACAACGUCCUGCUCGGGAUGGACGGCUCCGUCAAGCUGACCGACUUCGGCUUCUGCGCUCAGAUCACCCCGGAGCAGAGCAAGCGCAGCACCAUGGUGGGGACGCCGUACUGGAUGGCCCCCGAGGUGGUGACCCGCAAGGCCUACGGGCCCAAGGUGGACAUCUGGUCCCUGGGCAUCAUGGCCAUCGAGAUGGUGGAGGGAGAACCUCCGUACCUCAACGAGAACCCGCUGAGGGCUUUGUACCUGAUCGCCACCAACGGAACCCCCGAGCUGCAGAACCCGGAGAAGCUGUCUCCGGUCUUCAGAGACUUCCUCACGCGCUGCCUGGAGAUGGAUGUGGAGAAGAGGGGGGGCGGCAAAGAGCUGCUGCAGCAUCCGUUCCUGAAGCUGGCGAAGCCGCUGUCCAGCCUCACGCCUCUCAUCCUGGCGGCCAAGGAGGCCAUGAAGGGCAACCGUUAGCGGAGGAGGCUAACCGUUAGCGGAGGAGGCUAACCCCCCCCCCCUCACCGCCCCGUUGCUGUGCGCCGAAAAUGUGCCGACGAUUUCAGAUUCCUCUUGGGCGAAACAAAAGGCUGAGAGUGACUCAACGCUCUUUACACGCCUGAAGAGAAACGCCCUGAUGAACCUCACUGUGAAGAAGACCAAAAACACACAGACACACACACACAGACACACACACACACACACACACACACAGACACACACAGACAGACACACACACACACACAGACACACACUCGGCUGUCCACUCAGACGUCAAAGACAAGUCAGACUAAAGUUUUUAGUUUCUAGUUAUUUUGGAUUUUUAGAGCUCUGCUCGUAUUUAACUCGGAAUGAAGAAGACUUCUAGUAUUUUUAGUUGUUUUUUAAUCAACUGCCUUAAACAAAUGUCUAAUGUAUUUGUUGAUUGUGUCGAUGUUUCUCUCCCCAUGAUUUUUACUACCUUUUGUAAUUUACUUUUCCAGCUGGUGAGGCGUCUUGUUUUGAUACUUGAAUCUCCUCCUGUGACCCGCUUCUCUCCCCCAUGAACUCUUUGCUAUUUCCACAUCGUGUUUUCAGACGGUUUCUCUCCGGGUUUUUUUUAUAGGAAAUAUUUCAGCUGAUUCAUCAUGAACCUACUGUACCUGCCCCCCCCCCCCCCCCAUCAUUAGUCUCCUGAUACCAGAGGUGCACCUUACAGGCAAAUUGUAAUUGUUAGAUUGACAGGGUUUAUACUUUCUUCUCCAUUAUUAAGUAUUUGUAUGUUGAACUCUGUCCUUUUGUGUCCUUCUAGAUUUCUAUAUUGUGUACUUAAUGUUUAGUUUUAUUUUAUUUUUAAAGUAUUUUUAAACCACAUCGUAGCAGUUUGCUGUCAAAAGGCUGAAGAAGACAAUGUUUCUUUUUCUUCUGGACUAACAAACUUGUCUUCGCACUCAAAUAAACUGUUUGUGCCUUUGUGGUAUUCUAA